AUGCAAGUAAAUGCAUUCUACUUUUAAAAACAGAAGGGGAGAAAACGAAAAGGGCGUCCACUGUCUUCUCCCCUGGUAAGCGCUAAUAUAAGCCUACCUCAAAACCUGGAUGUCAAGGCAUUAAAUUGGAUUAAUUUAUAAUUCAAACAGAAUUAGGCUAAUAGAACCAUUAAUCUAAAUAGAAAUGCUAAUGCAUUGUUUUAAGUGCGUUAAUAAGGCGAUUAUGAUCUGAGUCUUGGUUAAACACUUACUUGGAGACAUAUUGUUAGAUUAUAAUGAAAUUGCAGUGAAAUUAAAUUAUUCCACCAAACAAUGUAUUCAAUUUGCAGGCAGAUUUUAGGCCUAUAUGUAAAUAACGGUAUGGAGAAAAAACAAUACACUCAAACAAUUAUCACGAGUAGUGGUUUAUGCUACAACAAAACACGCAUCAGUAACAACAAAAAUUUUGGCUGAAAAUUCCAGCACUCAUUGUGUACGUUGCUAAGCCCCUGUAUCACCUUAAGAGCUCAUUCCCUCCGUUGACGCCGAAACUCUCGCAGCUGUGAUUGGUCGCCUGAGCAGCUCGGAGAUAUGCAAAACUUGUUGCAGCUUAUCUGAAACGCGCUGUUUGCGCGCAGUGCCGAGCGUUUAGACAGCGGGAUGUCACACACUACGUACUGUUUCCAGCUGGAACAGCGAGGAGUCUAGCUCUCAGUAGCGCAGCUUGAAAGCAGACUCGCGCACAACACGCGCGCGCCCGAGUCGUCUGCCUUUGAAGAUAUUUGACCUGGACGGCGCAGUCGCACAGAAAAUGUGCAGCUCUAAUGGAACCUUAUUGAGUCUGAUGCAUACAGGAGAAAGACGCACAUUGCGACUGUAUUUUCCAGUCUAGUCCUUAACGCACGGAACUGGAGCGUGCGCAUUCCGUGCUUUCAAACCAACCCAGGGAAAUUCUUUCCUGGAUGCAGUUUAAAGGACGUAGAAAAGGUUCACCAGAGCAUUGUUGUGGUGGCACUGGGGGAAAAGAAUGCUUGUGUAGCGCAGCAGUUCACACUUCAUUGUAAGGAUUAUGAAUUCGAGGUCCUCUCGCUCGGAGCAUAUAACAGCAAAGUGGAAGUGUUUUUUGUAGGGGACAUGGUCCGUCAGACCUCGAGAUUUUCUUAUUUUCUUUCUUUGAUCUUUUGUAUAAAGUAUAUUUUAAAUCGCUCCUCCUUGUAAAAAUAAAUAAUUUCCCUCAGUUUCGGACGCGACAACCGAUUGCUUUGACAGCACUGUCGUGAAUAUCAUUCAGCUGAAGGAAAACAUAGCAGUGCAUGUUCUGAAGCAGGGGAAUUUCAUUGGUGAGUUAAGGGUAAAAUUUAUUGAUGUGUUUGUUAGCAACAUUAAUAUUUAAUUUGCUCAGCGCUCCAUUUCAACGACUAUUAAUAUUGCAAGUGAUAGUUUUUUUUUUUUUUUGCAUUGUUUAAAAAUAUUUUCACCCGUUUUUCCAUCUUGAGUUGAUUGAGAAUAAAAGCAAGGAUGACACCAAACGCUGCCUUCCAGUCAGUCAGGCCCUAGUAUGGAACUGACCUUGGGAAUUAUGUUUGAGCUCAAACAAUUCCAUCACCACAUUAAUAGCGGAACCACUCGUUGCACUGAAAAAAGGCACACCAGUCAAAAGCAAGCAUGAGAUCCCAUCAAAGCAGCCCAGGUUUUAAUUAUGGAGGCCCAACAGGUACAGUUGAGCCUGGAAUGGAUCCCCAUAGUGAGACUACUGUCCUUGAGCUCAAAAUGAAUAUGAAUGGAGGAGAGGAAUACAGUGUCUUCCAUCCACAAGGGCAUUUAGAUAUGCAUGCAGGAGGACUUCAGCAGCAGCCAGAGCAACAGGAGGCACAUAUUCGUGGGUUUUUUAAUAAUCUGCAAGCUUGCAUCCCUCCCCAUGGCCAUCAGGCCCAUGCACAUCAACAUCAGUCACUCUUCAGGGGAAACUUUGGUGACCCUGGGGCUGGAUCCUCCUGCUUACUUGAAGGUAGGGCAAUGGAUUAUGGGGGUAGUGUGGGUCCUCAGCAGGGAUUCACAGAAGGAUUUGACGUUCUUGCAGAGGGCCAGUCAGGGGAUCCAUUCUCUUGGCAGCAGCACCAAAGGCUAUGCUCAUUGUCAGACCAUCAACCCUACACACCCUCCAGUGGAAACCACCUCAUACCUGUCCCCUGUUCACCUCUGGACAAGUCACAGAAUCGGACUCGUUCCUUUCAUGGCCAUUUUUCCUCCUCAUCGUCAUUGUCAUCAUCAUCAGAAAGUCAGAAUUUUGAGACUAGACACAUGCUCCAACAUGAGUGUGUGGAGGGUUUGGACAGCUAUUCCAAGGAAGCACCACUUGGAUAUGUCACCAUAUCUGUAUUUUCCUCUUCUGAGCCAGAUUCUCAGCCCUCACAUUUUGGGACAGGGAGACAUUUAUCAGGGGCCAAUUUUCCUCACAUCUCACACCUGUCCCAAGCUCCAGGAAUGCCGGGCCUCUCUAUAGGACACCACCAGGCUCAGCAGCAGCAGUCCCCAUCACAUCAUAAUGUGUUCUUUGAACGAUUUGGAGGUGUGUGCAAAAUGCCAAUGGGGAUGGAGCAUGGUGCCAGGCAUCCUAUAAUGCAGCAGCAGACAGAGGUGAUAGCCAGACAAAACUUCUGCCCGUCUUCUCUUCCCCAACCACAACAACACGACACUGGCUCCGCCAAUACCAGUAUGCACGAGAGCAGCAUUGUAAUGCCUGGCCAACAUAAGCUUGAAUAUCAAAUUCAGAGAUUAGAGAACAAAGGGAUGCAUUCCUAUGGGGACCCCAUAUUCAACAUGCAACAGCAGCCUCUCCUUCUCCAGCAGACUUCCAGUCAGAGGCGGCAGCAUUGUGACUCUCCCUAUUUGAAUAAGGGCCAAAGGUCUAGGUUACAUUUUCCUAAUGCCCAUGGAGGAGAGGGCCCAACGAACAUUAGCAUGCACAGCCCACCUGGAUUGAAGAACCUCUCUUUCUCAGCCUACCUAGGUCUUUCUGGUGAGUUCAUUGCCCCCGACAGUCUCCUGCCAAUAAAAAAUGCAGGGCCUAACCACCAGUCAGUGCAGCAGAGGCAGAAUGCUGCCAUGUUGAUCAAGCAAAUGGCCUCUCGAAAUGAGCAGCAGAGAAUGAAACAGCCCAAAAAGCAGCAGCUUGGUCACCUUGGAGAUGUUCAACAGAACACUAUGGUACACGGUGGGCUUGUGGAUGACAUGUCUCAGUCUGGCUUUGAGAGAGACAGGGGUGGGAAAAUAGUGAAUUUUGAUGGGCAGAACUCAUACCUGGGCUCUGACAGUGGCUGGUUUUCUGGGGCCCACCUAUCUGGUGAGAUGCUGAACGGGCACCGAGGUGGCUCUGGUGGAAAGGCAGGAGCUCAUAAUAGGCAGCAAAAUGGUGCUGCCACAAGUGUUAAUAGCUUGGACAUGCAGGAAUCUAUAAGAAUACCUGAAGAAGGCCAUAUACAGUGCUUACACACACCAAGAAUAAACCCACAAAUUGGUAGCAACAUGGAAAACAUAGAACAGAUGCAAUCACCUGGGUCUGGUGAAAGACUUAUUAAUACACAAUCAGAAAAGCAUCCCAAUGAUGUUUCAGGGCCACCUAUAGGUGGUCAGAAUCAGCAGGGGGAAGUACAAAAUACUGCCCAGGGAGUGAGCACAUCUCCAGGGAAUUAUACGUCCCACUCAGAGUUUUCACCAGGACAGCAAACCACAGUCAGCAAAAUAGGGGCUCUGUCCUUGGAUAGUUUUGACAAAGCAAGUGGUAAGGACAGUGUUUUUGGACAGAGUUGUCUAGCAGCACUUUCCACAGCCUGCCAGAACAUGAUUGCCAGCCUGGGGGCUUCUAACAUUAACAUUACAUUCAACAAGAACCAGGGAAAAGGGAAACGAAAGCUUAAUCCAAUAGAGCAGGAAAUGAAUAACAGCACAGCUAAUGGUACUGUUGUCUCUGGGCCAGAUUAUUUCCCAGGUGCUGCCAAACCAGUGGGUCCAGACCAGACGGUGCAAGAGGACACCAGUUCCCUCUCCCCAUGUUACAAUAUGGAAAGUACACCAUGUAGUCCGAGGAAGGCUACGACAGGGAGUGAGAAAUGGAGAGGGAGGAGAAAGAGAGACAGUGGCCAUGUGAGCCCUGGGAUUAUUUUUCCAUCCAACAGUGGCAACCCUGUUAUGAGUCCUGACCAACAUGCCAUACUACCAGCUGGCACUGGAGAGAGGAGAGGGGAAACACCUCACGAGAAAACUCUCACCUCAUCUUCAAGGGGAAAGGGGAGUGAGCUCAUGCUGGGUGAUCAACCUGACCUAAUGUCAACCCUGGACACAGACAUCCAAAGAAUAUCUACAUCAGCUGACUGCUGUUCUAGGAUUGACAUCACAAAUGACAUAGACUCUCACUGUGUAAACGAGGAUGAGGUUUCAUGCAGUUCUGAUGCUCCAGCCUCAGCAAAAACUGGCCACAACCCUCUGUUGGGUGGCUGGCCUGAGAUGCAUAUGGUGGGCAGUGGGUUGUUGGAUGCGCAGACAGGGCAGAGCAUAGGUCUCACUGACCACACUAUCUCAACAUCAGAAUGCUGCAGAGGAGUAGAUCACCCAAGAAUGCCAGGCAUAGAGCAGGACCACACACCCUCUAGCACCUCAGGUCAGGAUGAGGUCCACCCACUGGAGAUAUUACAGGCAGAGAUCCAACUUCAACGACAGCAGUUCAGCCUCUCAGAAGACCAGCCUCUAGCUAUAAAAAAGUGGAAGAAAGUUUGUGACUUCAAUGGACACAGUGAAGAUGCAGAGUUUGGUAGCUGCAGCCUGGAUGGUGGAAAGAGCUCUGUAAGCACAAUAGACUUGGAUGUACUUAUGGCAGAGCAGCAUGCAACCUGGUUUGUGCCCAGAAAAAAGAACCUGCUUGAGGAUUUAGAAGAGGACAAUUCACAGGCUGCUUUGAAAAAGACUAAGGAAGAGGAUAACACAGAAGAAGAUAUGGAUAUCUCUCAGCAUAAAAGUGGAGGAGACAGUGGAACUCAUGGACCUGGGGUUUCUGGCUCUCAGCGAUGUAUCACCAUCCACUGCACAGAUGAACUGGGUGACCCUAAAGGUCAUGGUGGGCCCUUAUUAUCUUGGUGCUCUCUGCACUCUGACAUCUCCAACCACUUUGGGACAUAUGUAACAACACUGACUUGAAUGUUGAAAAUACAGAGAUUCUGUUGCAACAGCAGUUAUAGUGUUUAAGAAGUGUGAAGAUAAUAAUUUGGGCCUUUUUUGUUUGAUUUAUGAGGACAAACUUGGAUUGGGAUUUGCAAACAUAUCCACAUGCACAUGAACUAUCUGUGGAUGGGGCUGAAGGUCAUACAGUGUACCUCUGACUUAUUUUAUAUGGUUCUUUAAAGUUAGAAUUCUGAUUUCAGUUAGUACAAAACAACUAAAUAUGAACUGUGAUAUGGGAAGUGGCAAGGGAAAAAGAUAUGUGCUGCACUGGUUUUGUAUACCAGUAUUUAUAUUUUUGUCCAUUGGUUAACUUUAUUAUUAUUUUUUUUUUAAAACUUUUUCUAAUUCUGAAUUUAAUCUUGGGUUUUCUUGUGGUCUGGCAUGCUCUGUGAUAAUUAUCAGGAGGCAUAUGAACCCCUUUGAAUCACUGUAAUGCUAAACUAUUCAGUGAAACCAUUCUAAUUCUUGCUCUCCAGGGCUUUUUGUGUUUCAGUGCUUUUUGUGGGGUUCUAUUACAGUUUGUUGAUAUUGUUUCAUACUGUUAUUCUUGAAAAAAAAGUGUUGGUAUUCCACAAUACAAGUAUUCCACAUGUAAAGUAGGAUAAACUACUGUGUGUUAUUUUAUAUUCAAUACAAUAUAUUUUCAAGGGACUUCCACUAAAUCUUCAUUAGUGGUAGGGCUUCAGAGGUUAUUUUCUUAGUUUUUGUUGUCAGUUAUGUUGUCUUUUUUAAUAAUAUGUAAUAUUUACCUUUAUAAAGUUCAUACAUUUAUUUUUCAUGAAAAUGUAUUUUAAUAGUUAUUAUUAUUAUUACAUUAUAAAUAUUUUAUAAUUAAUUAUUUUGUUUAUUAUUAUUAUUAUUAUUAUUAUUAUUAUUAUUAUCUUACUUUUUAUUUUUAUUUUACUCUCUGGUACUGGUACUGGCACUGAACACUGUGACUGCCUUUUGAUGGCCUCAAAUAAGACCAUGAAUACACCAUGGUACUGAUUUCUGACAUAAGUUAACUGGGUUCUUACCAGUCAUUAUACAAGCAAAACUUAUUUUUCUUAGUUAGAUGGAACAGGAUUCUGGUCCCUGGAGGCCUCAGUGCUCUCACCAUCACGGCCCAGGUUUGAUUCCCGGCCAGGGAACCUAAGACAGUGUGCUUGUGGGAAAACUGUGCCAAAUCAAAUAUGCGGACCAAGGAUCCGCUUUGGCGAUCCCUGAAGGGAGCAGCCAAAAGAAGAUGGAAAGGGGUUCUGGUCCUAUCAAAAGUGAAAAUAAGUCAAAUUUUUUAGUGCCUUAUUUUGCAACAUAAAUAACCUACCAAAGUUGAAAAUGUGCUGAUACUGACAUUGAUCAUAACAAUAUAAUAGUAGAUAAUAGAUAAAAGUUAAAUAUAGAUUAUAUACAGUAUUAGUCAUUAUUUCAAUUCUGUGCUACAGAUUUACCUGAAUUUACCAACAUACUCUGAAUUACCUGAAUACAUGGCUGUGAUCAACAUUAUUUCAGAUCAAGUAAUUUAGGCUUCAUUUUUACAUUAUUCACUGUACUGCAGUUUAAUUUAUACUGCAGUUUUGGCUUUUUGCCUUGUUGGCAAAAAUAGUACCAAAUUAUGGUGACCCAUGGUGCAUUUGUAUGGCAUAAAUUUUACGUUGUAAGUAUUGUGGUCAUAAAAAAUAUAAAAACACACAAAUCAUAGAACUGAAUACACAAUUUAAAAAAUAUUGGGAAAAAGUAACAAAAAGAACAUAAACUAAUCGGAAUUAAAAACAAAAUUGUGUUUUCCUUGGUUAACUUACUCUAAUGCUUGGUCUCUAUGCUAUUUUUUGCUCAUAUUUCAUUUUAAUUCCAUUCACGCUUCAGUUUUCUUUGCCCUUGUUUCCAAGUUCUUCAUUUUUGAUUACAAAAAUUAGGAAAAGAGUUUCAUGCAGACCAGGGGUGGGAUUAAAGUCUCUAACAUUUUGUGUAUAACUCCGUAGGCAGUACUGAGAAAAGGAAAAUAUAAUUUUGUUUUUAAUUCAGAUUAUUUGGUGUUCUUUUUAUUAGUUUUUUUUAUAUUCUUUAAAUUGUGUGUGUGUGUGAGAGAGAGAGAGAGAGAGAGAGAGAAAUGGGGGGCAGGGGGAUAGAGAUAGAGAGUGUUUUGACACUGAAUUUGUGUGAGUUGGGUGUGUGCUGACUUUGCCACAUAAUUUUAAAUGAACUUAAUGGGGAGAAGAGAGAUAGGAAAGAAUUGAGAGAGGUGGUACAUUAAUUUUAAAGGCAGUUACCAUUCAUUAGCAACAAUGGCAUUUACCAAGCACUUCAAUAGAUUUCAACCUUGAAUUAAAAUCUCAUUUAUACUCUAUUCUUCAGUGAUUGUGUGAAAGGGAUGGGGGAACGAAGUGCCCAACCCCUUAUACUUCUGGAAAGUUUUUUUUUAUAAGUACAGUUAAAAGUAAAAAUGGAAGAGAACGUGAAGUUAUUAUUAUUAUUACAGUUCAUCAUGACUAUUAUGACAGUCUUUUCAAAGAUGUCCACCAUCCAUUCCAGCUGUGCACCUCUUCACACUCAGUGAAGGCUUUAGCUGUGCCACAGUGACUUUUGAUACUGAGUCAAUGUCGAAGGUAUCUGGAGGACAAACUUUACUUCUAUCACAAAGAAAGCACAAAGGUGCUUGUAAUUUCUUUAAUUAGCUCAAGAAAGUCCUUUUCCCGCAGUUCUUUAGAUCAUCAAAUAGGUAAUUCCUUCUCCCGAAGUGCAAACCCAGUGGAAGUCAUAAACUGCAACACUCCAUCCCAUGCUGAGCUUCCCCAGUCUGGAGUAGUGAACCAGAUGACAAUGAUUGCUGCAGAUAUCUUCUGUGGGAUUAAAAACAUCCAUAAUAUUUUCAAACUUUCAUACUUUCAACUACAUUUUAGCAUAUCUAAAAUAUGCUGGGGUCAUUGCAGCCGACUCACUUAACGGGGCUUUAAUUCAAUUCAAUUUUAUUUGUAUAGCACUUUUAACAAUGAACAUUGUCUCAAAGCAGCUUUACAGAACAUAAGAAACAAAAAGCAUGCAAACAGAAACAAAAACAUGCAAACAGUCCUAGAUGUUAGACAAAAUUAUCCCUAGUGAGCAAGCUUGAGGCGACUGAGGCGACUGUGGCAAGGAAAAACUCCCUUAGAUGAUAUGAGGAAGAAACCUUGAGAGGAACCAGACUUUACCCCCUGUGACCUCUGUACAGUAGCUCCAUACUCUCUCUCCCCCUCCCUCCCUCCAGGCAUUCCCCUCUAUGGGGCAUUGUACAUCAGGCCUUGUGGCUUUUUCUGAUUUUCAAAUGGGUACCCUUCCUAACCGUUGUUUCCUUCCCAGUGACUAAGGCUGUAGCAAGCCCCACUGGAACUGGCUCCAUGUAGAUUUCUUGUGUUACACUUAAUACAACCAGAGCCAUACAGUUCUCCCCAGUGAUUAAGGCUGUAGCAAGCCACACUUAGCCUACAAUUGUAGGCAUUUUUUGUACAUGUGAAGAAAUGUGUAUGUGUAUUCAAAUGUCUGAACAUUUUGGUUGAAGUUUGUGAAUGUGAGAAAAAGAUUUGUGUUUACAGAUAUAAUUUACAAAGAUGUAUAGAAAAGUUUUGCAGCUGUAAAAACAUUUUGUGAAUGAGCAAAUAAAAUACAUACAUGAAUUAUUCCAACAGUUAGUUUUCACAAAAUAUCUGAUUUCAUGUACAAUUCCAAAAUUAUAAGCAUAAGCACUGAAAUUACAAAUAUGCCUUUUUAACCCUGUUUUUUCUUUUCUUUUCUUUAGAGUAAGUUAAAUAUGUUGCUUGUAAAAUAGUUAAAGUAUGGAACAAUAUAGAAUGUAUUACUGUCAAUACAUUUCAUUCCAGUUCUCACCCUGUUUUCAGCAUCGCUGUGUAACAUUUUAGAUUUAUUACAUUAAUUCUAGUUAAUCCCAGUUAAAACUGUAAAUGCAUAGAAACAUUCUGUUGUUAGGACAGUAGUUUUCUUUCUCUCUUUUCUGUGUGUGUGUGUGUGUGUGUGUGUGUGUGUGUGUUUCCCAAAAUCUAAAAGUUCUGUUGCAGACAUAAAUAAACUAUAUUGCAAGGCACAGUAAGUAGUCUA